AUGGAUGUUAGCUCAGCUAUGUCUGUUGUUCAGACACUGUUUUCAGCACUUCAGUGCUCUCAACUAAAAGCCAUUAGCUCCAGCUCUCGCUACAAAGCCAAACUUGAUCAACUCCGAACGACUGUUGAAAGAAUCCAAGCUGUGCUGGAGGAUGCAGAGGCCAAAAGGGAGCUGUGUCAGCAAGAAAGGGUCUAUAUUGAAGAGCUGAAGGAGGCCGUUUAUGAAGCUGAUGAUCUAUUCGAUGAGUUUGUCACUCUUGUUGAACAUAAGAAGCUAACCAAGCGUAUCAAGGACCGUCUCUUCUCUCUCUUUACCAAGUUCAGAGUAGCAUUCAGAAUGUCUCAUAAGGUGGACAGCAUUAAAAAGAAGCUGGAUGAUAUUGCUGAUAAUAGAAAGUUCAGGUUAAAGAUUGAUACUAAGCCUACUAAGAAUGGAAGCCGUGAGACCUGUUCGUAUGAGAAGGACGUUAUCAUUGGAAGAGAGCGCGACUUGGAGACCAUAAAGGGUAUAUUGCUAGAGUCCAAUGUUGAACGAGAUGUUUCUUUCCUUAGUAUUGUGGGGAUUGGAGGGUUAGGAAAAACUGCUAUUACCCGACAAUUGUUCAAUAAUCCAAGUGUCGGAAGUGCAUUUCCUUUGAAGUUGUGGGCUUGUGUUGCUGAUCAAGAUCAAAAUCAUUUUGAGGUGAAAGAUAUUCUUGGCAAGAUUCUGGAUUCAGCUCACAUAACGCAGCAUCAUGGUGCGACAAUGGAAUGGAUGCAACACCAACUUGAAGAAAUGCUUAGGGGACAGAAGUACCUGCUAGUCUUGGAUGAUGUAUGGACUGAAAAACGACAACAAUGGCUUGAAUUGAUUGGAUGCUUUACCCGAGGUGGAAGAGGAAGUUGGAUAGUGGUAACUACACGGUCAAAGAAUACAGCAAAAAUGAUAGGAGAGGAACGAAUGCACCUGUUACAAGGCUUGUCAAGGGAACACUCGUUGUGUUUAUUCAAAAGGAUGGCUUUUGGAUCAGAACAGUCUAACCCUCCUGAAUACCAGGUUCAAAUUGGAGAAGAAAUUGUUAAAAGAUGCGCUCACGUUCCACUUGCCAUAAGAGUGGUGGGAAGUCUUCUCUAUAGUCAAGAUGAACAUGAGUGGCGAUCUUUUCAGAAGUUUGGAAUGGAAAAAAUUAGAGAAAAUGAAAAUAGCAUCAUGCCUAUAUUGAAGAUCAGCUACUACCAGCUUGAAUCUUCAAUAAAGAGUUGUUUCAGUUAUUGUGCAUUGUUCCCUAAGGAUCAACGCAUAGGUUAUUGGGAGCUAAUCACGCUCUGGAUGGCCCAAGGUUACAUAACAUCAAACGGUGGAAAAAGCAUGGAAGAUGUUGCUGAGGAUUAUGUUAAACUUCUAAUACAAAGGUGUUUCUUUCAAGAUGUAAGGGUAGAACAACACACCCGUAAUAUUGACUCAUUCAAGAUACAUGAUUUGAUACAUGAUGUUGCACAAGAAGUGGCGGGAAAGGAGAUUCGCACCGUGCAUAGCAUCAAUGGGGAUGUCGGUAAAAAAGUUCGUCACCUAUCCUUUAUAAGAAGCAAAUCUGCAAACCUUUCUUUCACGAAAAGGACUCAAGUACGUUCAUAUUUGGAUGUUAGCCCCUAUUGGAGUGAAAGUGGCCUUGUGAUGGACAAGAUUUGUGUAGCUUCUUUAUUUGCUAAUUGGAAAUACUUGAGAGCAUUAGAUUUAAGUAGAUUUGGUAUUGAAAAUUUGCCUGAUUCUAUUGAUAAAUUGCUUCAUUUGAGGUAUCUAGACCUCUCCGAAAAUAAAUUUCGAGUGCUCCCUAAAACAAUUACGACACUAUAUAAUCUUCAAACUUUAUAUUUAACUAGAUGUCGUGAGCUGAAACAAUUGCCCAAGGACAUUGGUAAUCUGGUUCAGUUGAGGGUGUUGGACCUUACUGGUUGUUAUGGUUUGACUUGCAUGCCUCGAGGAAUAGGCAUGUUGACUUGCCUUUGGGAGCUUCAAUUGUUUGUGCUAGGUGGAGAGAGAUGUUCAAGUUGGAACGAGUUGUUGGAUGGACUAGACGACCUAAAAUCUCUAAGGAACCUCAGAGGCGAUCUUAGAAUCAAGUUCCAGUUCAAGAAGGGCACAAAUGUUUAUGAGAAAGGGAAAGAUAAUGGAAAUGAGGGGAUCGAAGGGUAUCUGAGUGACAAGGAACAUCUUAAAUUUGUGAAGCUGACAUUCAGUGGAGAGGAAGGUGAGGACAGAUCAAAGUAUGAUGAAGCCGUGAUGAAUAAGCUGCAGCCGCAUCAUAAUCUUAAGGAGCUAUGUCUAGAGAAAUACUUUGGUGCGAGUUUGGUUGGGUGGGCAAGGGAAGAAAACUUGGCAACUUCGCUUCCUAAUCUUGUUGAGGUGAGGAUCGAGAACUGUCCAGAAUUAAGAGACUUGAGAUGCUUGGGAAAUCUAUGUCAUCUUAAAAGCCUUUGUGUCCUAGCUUUGCCGAAUUUGGAGUACAUUAUUGAUAAAAACAAGACAGGAGGUAGCAAUGAUAUGAAAGCUGAAGCGAUGGUGGCGGGAAUGUCGUCAAGCAAGACAGAAGGUUCAUCAUUCUUUCCCUCUUUAAAGGAACUUUAUCUAUACUAUCUGCCAAAGCUGAAAGGAUGGUUGAGAUAUACUGAUGAGCUCCAUGUCAAAUGCAACAGCACGUUACCCCUUGUUUUUUCUCAGUUGAAAACAUUUGAGAUAACAGGUUGUCCUCAGCUAACAGCAUUUAUUCAGUUUCCCCAAUUGCAACACCUCAUCUUACAGAGAUUCAAUGAAAGGUUGAAAAUACAAUUUACAAGAAUGAUCAAUGAAGAGUUAAAGGAAGAUAACACGGAGGAGACAAGUAUAUGCCCCUUGUUUACAACUUCCUCUUCUUCUCCUUGGGAAAACGGAAACAUGUGGAGUCUAGGAACUAAAACUACCAUAGACAACAUGGCAUGGCUACACCAAUCAUUACCAAUGGAGGCUUUUCGGUGUCUACAAAGCCUGGAAAUAUGUGGGGAUGGAAACUUGAGGAAUCUUAGAGAAGUUGCAGAGAUGUUCCGUACCUGCUCAACUUCUUUACGAUAUUUAGGUUUCCUGCAUUGCCCCAAUCUAAAGAGUGUGUUAGAAGGUUUAGAUACCCUUUCUUCCUUGGAGAGGUUAACAGUUCGCAAUUGUCCUAAUCUGAACUUAUCAGAAGGGAUAGGUAGAGAGGCUGGUAGUGAUAUGCCGUUGCAAUCAGUUCAUCACUCUCUUCGUGUCUUGAAAUUGCAGGAUCUUCCUCAACUGGUAAAUCUCCCCGAUUGGAUACAGUGCUUAACUACCCUUCAAUUUCUGGAGAUUGGGAAUUGCAAAAAACUGAAAUCUCUACCGAGUUGGAUGUCCAAACUCACUUCUAUCGUGGAACUUCAAAUAUGGGACUGUUCACCAAGCUUAGAGGAAAGAUGCAAAUGUUCAACUGGGGCAGACUGGCCUCACAUUCAACACAUCCCUUCCAUUACAUGGCUUGAAACCCCAAAUCCUACAAUUCCUUCAACUCUUGCUUCUUUAGAGGUACCAAAAAAUUGUUCUUUGUCUUUUGUUGAUAUUCUUGACUACAAUUUCUUCUUUUUCGAAGAUUUUGAAGUUGUAUUUUCUUUCAUUCAAGCAAUUCCUGGAAAGUUGUUGGAUCUAGGUUCAGUUACUUACCCAAGUCUCGUUAAAAUGUUCUAUUGCAAUUUGUCUUUCAUAACUGCUGAUGGGUUCCCGGCCUUAAGAAGUUUUGUUAAAGGCCAAGAGAUUGUGAUCUCUAAAACCCUAAUCAAUGACUUGCUUAAAUUCUCUUUUGAUAUAGAAGAUUCCACUCCCAAUUCCGUGGUUCUUCAAAAUGCCAAAGAUAUAUUUGUUCUUGCUUCUCAUUCUGAUUUUUCUCCAACAAAAUAA